CUUUUGCACGAUUUUAGUAUUUUUCAUAUUUUCAGCAACGAGAUUCGGAAUUAAUGUGCCGAAAGCGGACCGGUGGUGGUACUUCGGUUAGUUUUCUACGUAGCGCGCAACGACCGAAAUGCGACUAACGCGUAGAAUUGGGUCACUUUGUACGAGUGCUUAUCGUUGAAUGUUCGACCGUGUAUUUCGGCGCGUGGAAAGGAUUCUUUCACCGAGAAAGAUUCGAAAGGUACACGGCUCGCAUCGAGCCUGCAUCGGCCGUAAAUCGAGUUCGAUUCUCUUUAAAACGUACCGAAAAUAGUUUCCAAGGAUACCGGUAUUAACUAACCGGAACAGCUGAUAUAACCUCGCAUGGCGACAUCUAGUUGACUUUUGUUUCGCAAAUCAACGACGCACCAUACAGUUUGCCACUUCGAACGAUGUUCCAACGUUGGUCGAGGGACAUUUAAAAAUUCACUCCUCGCCUCCCCGUGGUUCCGUCAUCGGAGAUUUAAGCAGCGCGAUUAUAACGGUCCGAAAAUGUCGAAAUUGGUCGGCGUCGACUUCGAGGUGUUCGGCAGGGUGCAAGGUGUAUUUUUCAGGAAGUAUACCCAACAACGCGGCAAAGAGUUAGGUUUAAGAGGAUGGUGUAUGAACACGAGCCAGGGUACCGUGGUUGGUCGCCUCGAGGGAGAGAAGGCAAAGAUCGAUGAAAUGAAACACUGGCUCCGCAGUACCGGAAGUCCUCAAUCAGCAAUCGACAAAGCGGAGUUUCGAAACGAACGGGAGAUAGAUAAACUUUCGUUCGAGAAUUUCGGAAUCAAGAAAUAAUUGUUUACUCGAUCGUUGGACAUAUGAGAAAAAUUAUUAUUUAAUUUCUAGGAUUACGGCUUCGAAGAAAGAAAGGUGUACAUACGUAAAUGACGAAAUAAAGAGUUUCUGAUCGGA